AUGAGUGAUCGAUCUCAUGUUUCUGCUCGCCCUGCGAGCAAAACCCUGCUGAACCUCGGCAACUUACCGCCGAAGCCUGACUACUUCAAGAGCGAUGAAAUGUUCCCGCGCACGGCCUCGAAAAUUGAUCCCAACAACCCGCCAUGGCCCGCGUACCGUGGUUAUCACGAGUACUCGUUCGCGCACGAAACCAUGGGCAAGCGUCUGCCUACGAUUCUCGGCAAGGCUAUUGAGGACGUGUACAAGACGCUGAACCAGCAGUCUGACGAGGAGCUGAUCAUCGACUUGCUCCAAUGUAUUGAGCGAAUGCAGGGGCUCAUGCAGGCCUUGCAAGAGAACCAGAAACUACGUCCCAUUGUCGAUGACAAUGAAGGUGAUGUGACGCUGUGGAACAAGGAACUCGCUCGUUACUUCCGCGGCGCCGACUUCAUGAAUGCGCCAUGGCUGUUUGCCGAAGCGUACAAGUACCGUCGAUUGCAUGAAUGCUUCUCGACGUCGCGAAACUGGAAAGACUAUGACGUCUUUUUCCGCCAAAAGUGUGACACGUUUGGCCGCUCCGGCAAUGCAGUGUUUGAGCUGUCGACGCGCUUUGCCGUGCCGCAGGGGUCACACACCGAGAUGAAAGAACCCGAUCUAGAUCGGCAGCACAAGCUCUUCCUCGAACUCACGCAGGUGUCGCUCUGGGGCAAUGCCACUGAUCUGUCGCUCCUGGUGAAUAUGACGGAAGAGGAUAUCAAGAAGAUCCAGUCCACUGGUGGCGAGCACCUCGCAUCCACAGAGAAGAACAUCCUCGGCAACCACCUGAACCGGCUUUGGGCGCUUGUGAGCCGUAUGCGCGGCGGCCGCAUUGAUUUCGUGCUGGACAAUGCAGGCUUCGAGCUCUAUUGUGACUGUGUCUAUGCGGACUGGCUUAUUCAGACGGGCAUUGCGCGCGAAGUGCAUUUCCACGGAAAACGGAUCCCGUGGUUCGUCUCGGAUGUCACACGCAAGGACUGGAGCUGGCUGCUGAACAUUAUGACGUACGGUGCACUGUUCCCAGAUGCAUCCUCCAAGGAGGUCGAGUCGCUUCGCACUCUCGGCAAACGCUGGAAGCAGUAUGAAAAGGAAGGCAAGUGGGUGUAUGAACAGCAUCCGUUCUGGUGCUCAGGCUACACGUUCUGGGAGCUGCCUGCGGAGGCUCCUGAUCUGUUCCACUACUUGUGCGAAAGCAAUCUUGUCUUGUUCAAGGGUGACUUGAACCAUCGCAAGCUCACGUACGAUUGCCAGGCACCCACAUCCACGCCAUUUGAGGAGGCCAUCGGACCCAUGGCGAAAGAGCAGGGAGCGCCGCCUGUCGCGUCGCUGCGAACCAUCAAGUCGGAUGUCGUUGUGGGUGUCCCGCUUGACGUUUCAGAGCGUCUUGACAAGGAGGAGCCUGGUUGGCGCAUUUCCGGCAAGUACGCUGUUGUCCUGCUCAGCGAGGGCUCGCCCGGUGAGCCGAUUUAA